UUAUUAACGUGUUUUCAACAGAAUAGUCUACUUAUUUAUUCACCUUAAAAUCAAGCAUACACGCACAGAUGCUAAAUUUAACAACAAAUGAGUCUAAUGUAUAAGUGAAUUCCCAUUAAACACCCUCGCUCGGGCAAGAUGGACUACCAACACGUAAAAUUGUAUAAUCUUGGGGUAAGCAGGAACAAAUGUAUAAGUGACCUAGACUUUUCAUUCAAGCAGCCCCCAUGAACAACUUGAAUGACCCCCCCAGGUGGAACAUUCAACCAGACCCCAGAGGAAGGGGCGCGGGGGCUGGCGAUGGGAACCAAUGGAACUAUGCCCUGCUGGUCCCUAUGCUGGGAUUGGCUGCAUUUCGUUGGAUCUGGACCAGGGAGUCUCAGAGGGAGAUCCAGAGGGUCAAAGCCCAGUACGACAAAGAUGUGACCACAAUAAAAAGUGAGAUGGAGGCGCGGUACCGGGAGACUCUGACAGAGAGACACAGGGCAGCUGCUAAACUGGAGCUGGAGCUGGAGAAAGAGAGACAGAGGGUAAAAGGCUACAAGCAGGCCCUGAUCUCACAGAGCCAGCAGCUGAUGGAAGAACGGAAACAGUUACAACAGGAGCGUGAGACUUUGGAGCAAGAGAAGCAAAGGCUGGUGAAGUCCGGAGCUGCGGGGGCUGUGCUGCAUCGCGCCCUGGAACGAGAGAACAACUGGUACCGGCGAGCCACCGCCACUCUGAGGGAGCUAGAAGAUCAGCUUGUGGAGCGACAGAAUGCCUUCUGCUCCCUCAUCCAACCUCGAGAUCAGCGGCUGGAGAUGGAGAAGAACAUACUGCUUAAGGUCGUCAAAGAACCAAUCGGGGCAGAACUAGAUCUAGAGUCAGAUCUAAAGGACAUUUUUAAGAGAGAUAGGCAUUGUGCGGACCUGCUAAACAUGGACAAGAGGAAGAAUGGAAGUCUCAUGUGGGUGUACCUCAAGUACUGGCAGCUGCAGGUCACCGUGCAGAAACACAAGAGAGCUGAGGAAGCCGUUCUAGGAGGGAUAACCCAGUCUCGCAGAGAAUGACAAAAGAUGAAGAGAGGUGUUUUUUCAUUUGACUUUGAAGAAUGUUGAAACUGUGUGGAUCAGGAAUGGAAAAUGCAUGUUUCUUUUUCAGUCUGUGCAUUAUCUUUAUAUGCUACAUUAUAGGUAUGUUAUGUAAACACACAAGAGAUAAUCUGAACAACAUUAUGUUCAAAGGCUAAAAGUUCCAUCCCUGAUCUCAAAGUUUUGCAAAGAGGGGAGAUUUUUUCAGGUUUAGACCCAAUUAAGACUCAUUAGCUUUAAAUGAAUAUGUGAUAAAAAUGCACUGGCAUCACUCAGGUGAUAUCCAUAUUGGAUACACAAUUGAUGUUUAAUUAAAAAAAAAAAAAUCCAUUUAAACCCUUGAAUUUUUUUGUUGGAACAUUUGUGUCAAUUUAACUCACAUUCUGAGUGCCAUGAAUUAGUGUUAGAUGACUGUGUGUCUGGACCUGUGCUAAUUUUAGUUUCUUUAUCUCAGAUAUGAAUUGAAGGCUCCCAAUAAAUGUCCCCACUGUGAUGUGUUCAUACACAUCUCUUGCUGCGUUUAGAAUAACCACAAUUCUAUAAUUUACAAUACUCAAAUGAAAAAUACAGCGUUAAAGAAAAACAACCAUUAAUUGAAAACAUUAUCAGGAAUAUUUUUCACUCUGUUUUGAUGGAAAAGUCAUUUAUGUCUUUGAUUUCUGUGGAAUGUAGUUGGCAUGAAUAUGUUUAUGAAUUAUUGCUGGGGAUAUUUUUGAUGAUAACAGUGGAACCUAUCUACACCUCUGUCCAUAACUUAGUGUUUCCUGCAUCUGUGACGUCUCUCUUUACAGUCUAAUGUGUAACCAAAAAUGAAAUGUGUGUCUGUCUCUCAUCACUGGUUUUACAUUUCUAGUAUGUGUAACUAUCAGGGAAACUGGAAUCUGCUGCAUGUGAAUCUGAAUAAGGGAAAAGAGCACAAAGUUGUGCUCACUGCUGCAACAUCUUAUCACAUUACUGCAACAAAAAUAGUCAAACAGCACAGUUCACACUGUUAAUGAAAGGAGAGCUGGCAACAAGACCUUCGAGCCUGAUGCAUUUUACAAGGUUAUCAAGCCUCUCUGCACUGUUAAUGUUUUUGUUGUGACUAUAUCUUGGUGAAUAUGUGCUGGAUAUAAUGCCAUAAACUCACACUAACCACUCUAAUCCACUCAAUCCUCCUAAUAAAUUCUGGUUCAAGAACUUAA